AUGGCUCCCCAACUUCUGCAGCACAAUGAUUACACUGUGGGCUGGAUCUGCGGUCUGUGGCAGGAGCAAACUGCCGCCAAAGCCAUGUUGGACUGCAUUCACAAGGAUCUGCCACAGCCUCAGAGCGACAAGAACACGUAUACCUUGGGAACUAUUGCGAAGUACAACGUUGUCAUAGCCUGCUUGCCUUGCGGAGAAGCUACCCACGAUGCAGCAGCAGCAGCUAGCUCAGCCUGGAUGGUAACCACCUUUCCAUCCAUCAGGUUUGGCUUGAUGGUUGGUAUGGGGGUAGGGAUUCCUCCCAAAGUUCGUCUGGGAGAUGUGGUGGUCAGUUUGCCCAUAGACCAGUUUCCCGGAGUGGUUCAAUGGGACAUGGGUACGGCCCAACAAGACGGCUUCGAGAGAACCGGAUCGCUCAACAAUCCGCCUACUUUACUACUCAGAGCUAUAUCGAAAUUAAGGAGGGACCACGACCUGGAGGGCUCCAGGAUACCCGCGUUUCUUGAAGAACUGAAGACGAAAUGGCCCGACAUGACAAAAGGAUACCUGAAACCUUACUACAACGAUGCAGACUGCAACCAUUUUAAGUAUAAUGAUCAAAACAUGGAAGAAGAAAAAUCCUGCUCAUUUUGUAAUCUGGAGGAAUCACUAUCCAGAGAGCGCAGGGAUAUGCGUAUUCAUUAUGGUCUGAUUGUAUCGGGUAACGAGAUCAUCGAGGACGCUCUGUCCAGAGAUAAAUUGAAUAGGAGUCUUGGUGGCAAUCUUCUAUGUGUGGAAAUGGAAGCAGCUGGACUGAUGAAUAACUUCCCAUGUCUGGUGAUUCGGGGAAUUUGCGACUACGCUGACUGGCCUAGAAAUAAAGUGUGGCAGAGGCAUGCCGCCACUGUGGCCGCGGCAUUUGCAAAGGAACUUCUAGGAUAUGUCCAACCGUACGAGGUUGACAGAGAGCCACCGGUAUGGGAGAUUGUGGGCCAAGCCCUAGAAACGUCAAGGACAACUGAGGAUAAAGUGACGAACCUGGAUAGACAGGAGCACUUCCAAGUCCUCGAAUCGAUAACGGCAUUGAGUUUUGGUCCUCAACAAAACGACAACCUUCAGAAGCGCCGGGCGGGAACCGGGAAAUGGCUUCUUGACUCGGACAAGUUUCGGCGGUGGAUCAAUGGAAGCAACCAGACCUUGUUCUGUCCAGGCAUUCCCGGGGCGGGUAAGACGACGCUUUCAGCCAUGGUUAUCGACCAUCUUGAAAAGUCUUUACAGGGUGAUACUACAAUUGGAUUGGCUUACAUCUAUUUCAACUUUCGGUCCGACUAUAAAGCUGGAGACUUGGUCAAAAAUCUGCUGAAACAGUUGAGUCAACCGUUUUCAGCAUUGCCAGACGCCGUGAAGGGCCUAUACAAACGACACAAAGAUAAAGUACCGGGUCCGGAUUACCCAGAAAUAUUAGAAACCCUUCAGUCGGUGGCAACCAUGUAUUCAAAACUCUUUCUUGUGGUAGACGCCCUUGAUGAAUGCCCGACGUCCGAUUGUUGCCGAGACACGUUUAUUUCGGAAAUACUGGCCCUUCAGGCCGCGACUGGGGCCAAUAUCUUUGCAACAUCACGGCAUGUCCCAGAAAUUACAGAGAAGUUCAUGGGAGCCCUAUCGUUAGAGAUCCGAGCUAAUGAUGGGGAUGUACGGAAAUACGUAGAGGACCACAUUUCGGACAUGGAGUUCCCGGUUGACACCGGCCUCAGCGAGACUAUCAAGACUGUCAUUGUAGAAGCAGUCGAUGGCAGGUUUCUACUAGCGCAGCUCUAUCUUCAAUCCCUUGCGGAUACCAUUAAUCCAGCCCAAAUGAAAAGGACAUUAAACGAGUUUCGAGACCGCCACAAAAGAACAGGUGAGGAGGAGAAAGACGACAUAUUGUAUAAGGCGUACAAUGACGCCAUGAUUCGAAUCAACAAGCAGGAGCCUUAUUGCAAAAAGCUUGCAAAGAGGACUAUAUCAUGGAUCAGCUGCGCAAAGAGGCCACUCAAGACCAAGGAGCUCCAAGUUGCCCUUGCCGUGAACGCCGACGACACUCCGAUUAACCAAGAAAACUACACGCCGAUCGAGUUCAUGGUCUAUGUAUGCGGUGGACUGGUGACGGUGGAUGAAAAGAGCAACAUAAUCCGCCUAGUUCACCAUACCACACAGGAGUACUUGGAGCAAUAUCUCGGCGAUUGGGUUCCUGCUGCACAAGAGGACAUUGCAACAACUUGCCUUAGAUAUCUUUCAUCCGAUGUCUUUGAUGAGGAUUUCUGCCCAUCCGAAAGGUCACUGAGGUCUAAAUUAGACCUAAAUCCAUUUUACGACUACGCAGCACGAAACUGGGGUCAUCAUGUUCGCGUAGCUCCAAAGGUGGACGACAGACAAGUCUUGAAAUUUUUAAGAAAUGAAGCCAAAGUGCGCGGUGCGCACCAGGCGAUGUAUCCUUCGGAUUAUUGGAUAUAUGAUGCCUAUUCGGAAGAAAACCAAGACGAUUCGAGAAAAGUGACGGGACUGCACCUAGCCGCUGAUUUUGGGCUUGAAAAGAUGACAAGGCUCCUGCUCGAAGAAAAACAAAACCCGCAUCUUUGGGAUAUAUUCGACAUGUCUCCAUUAUGUUAUGCCGUAAGGAGCGGGCAUAAAGGAGUAGUUAGUCUCCUACUUGCCACAAAGGGUAGCUGCCCAAAUCUCAACAUUACAGACCAGCGAAUGGUACUAUCAGGGACUAGAGAGUCUGGGGAAAAGGAAUCGGCCGAGACGCUUUUUGUCGUGUCCGCUCGUUACCCAGAGGUAAGGAAUAGUUUCCUCCAACAAAACAUACUGUCAUUGGCUGCCGAAUACGGACACAAGGAAGUGGUUGAUGUCCUAAUCAAGGCGGAAAACAUCGAUUUAAACUCCGAGUACUCCCCCAAUCCGCUACUUUAUGCGGCAGGAAAAGGGCACGUGGGAGUAGUUGAGCUCCUGCUUGAUGCUGACAUGAAGGGUAUCGAGCCAGAUAAGGCGGAUCCUGUAUCGGAAAGAAGACCAUUGUCGUGUGCUGCGGAGCGGGGACACACCAAAGUUGUCGAGUUGCUACUCGCCACAGGAAAGCUAGACAUCAACUCGGGGGAUGGGUAUACUAAAAGGUCACCACUCUCAUGGGCAGCGGCAGACAGCUCGGCAAAGGACGUGUUGGAGUUGCUGCUAACACAGGACGGCAUCAAGCCAUAUGCCACCGACCGUGAAGGCCGGACGCCGCUGUCGCACGCCGCGGAACGUGGAAACGUCUCAGCAGUGAGGGCACUGCUAUCGAAGGGCAAUUUUGACGGGAUGGAUGUCAAUGGCCGGACGCCACUAACAUACGCAGUGAAGAAUGGCCAGUAUACAAUCGCAAAAUUACUACUGGAAGAACCUAGUGUUAAUCCAGAUUCGAGAGAUAAGGAUGACCGGACACCGCUGUCGUACGCAGCCCAAGGGGGACAAGAACAAAUAGUAAACAUAUUACUGGCAAAGGCUAACGUCGAUCCAGAGAGCAGAGAUAAGGAUGGCCGGACGCCGUUGUCGCACGCAGCAAAAUGGGGGCACGAAAAAAUAAUAAACAUAUUACUAGCAAAAGAUGACGUUGAUGCCGACUCGAGCGAUUAUUACGGCCAAACACCGCUGUCGCACGCGGUUGAAGCUGGACAAGACAAAGUAGUAGCCAUGUUACUGGCAAGAAAUGACGUUAGGCUAAAUUCAGAACAUGACAAUGGCCAAACACCACUAUCAAUCGCGGCGAGAUUUGGAAACGAAAGAAUAGUAACGAUGUUGCUGUCAAGAAGUGGCGUUGAUCCGGACUCAAGAGAUAGACAUGGCUGGACGCCGCUAUCGUACGCAGCACAACGUGGACGAGAAGAAAUAGUAAUCCAAUUACUGGCAAACGAUGGAGUUGACCCGAACUCAAGGGACGAUACAGGUCGAACGCCACUGUCAUGGGCGGCGGGAAAUGGCAUGGAUGCCGUGGUUCAACUGCUCCUAUCCACGAGCCGCGUCCACGCCGAUAUUCCAGAUUCUGAUGGUCGAACGCCGCUGUCUUGGGCAGCCGGGUCCGGUCACGCCCAGUCAUUCAAGCUUUUACUCGCCAAUAAAUCUGUUGACGCUUGCUCUCUGGAUAUGAGUGGCCGUAGCGCUUUUUCGUGGGUUGCCAAAGGGCAAUACAGGAACGUUACCAACACACGGCUGAGUGGGGAGUAUGUUCGUGUGAAUACCUUGACAAAACAAGGCAAAGAAAUAGCAGAAAUACUACUCGCAACGCAUGGCAUCGAAUCCAAUCUUUGGGCCACGAGCAGCGAGAUGCCAUCUAACGACACUUGCCGCGCAGAAAAUUGGCAUGAGUUGGUGGUGAGGCUACUCCUCACCGAGGAUGGCGCCUUCUGCAGCCAGGAAAGAGAUCAGACGCAGCAUGCUACCGUGGAACAGGAUUGGCGCCGGACAAUGACGGCACUCUAUCUCGAGAGGGGUGCCAUUGAUCCCAACUUUUCAGACGAUGAUGGCCGCACACUGUUGUGGUGGGCGGCGCAAGAAGGAUUCCAGGACGUGGUACAGCUUUUGGUCGCCCAAGGCAAUGUUGAUGCACAUGCCUCGGACUGGAGGGGGCGGACACCGCUACACCGUGCCUCGGAAAGGGGGCAUGAGGGAGUUGUAAAACUGCUGCUUGCAAACGACAAGGUGGAUGUGAAUUCUUGGGACUCGGGUGGUCAAACACCGCUAUCGCGUGCAGCUAAACACGGACAUGUCACGGUGGUCAAACUACUUCUUGCUCAGAGAGGCCUAAAACCUGCCUGGAUGCAAAAUAGAGGCGAAGUUCCACUUGUUGUUGCAGCAGCCGAGGGACACGAGGGGAGUGUACGGCUUUUGCUUAACGAGAGUAGCGCACAUCUCAAUGUUAUGAGCUUAUACGGCGCCACUCUGUUAUCCGAGGCAGCACGUAAAGGGCAUCAUGAGAUUGUCAAGCUUCUCCUGGCAAAAAAUGGGGUGGCAAGUGACUCGGAGGAUUACUCGAAGCCGCUCAUCGGUGCAGCAAGCAACGGACACGCACAAGUCGUCAGGCUUCUUCUGGACAAGGAGGCAGAGAGACCUGGCGAUAAGCAGACCAACAUGGCAGACUUACUAUGGGAGUCGGCGAGUGGAGGACACACGGCCGUCGUGGAGCUUCUCCUCGCCAAAGACGGCGUUGAUCUCGACGCUCAGAACAGUCAAGGUGAAACUGCUUUACAUGUCGCAGCGCUAAAUGGGCACUCGGAAGUGGUAAAGCUCCUCCUCGCCAGAGAUGGGUUGAAAAUUAAUCUCAAGGACGAGGAGGGUCGGACGCCGCUGACAUGCGCGAUUGCUGAACGUUAUGAAGAGGUUGUCGAGUUGCUGUGGACUGCCGAGUGCCAAACUGGAAUCUACUCUGAAGAAAGUAGCACUUGA